AUGAGCGCCGCGGAGGAGGACGAGCAGCAGCGAUCCGCCGCGGCGGGCGGGGAGGAGGAGCGGCGGGAGCGGGGCGGCGGCCUGGUGUCGGGGCUGGUGGACAAGGCCAAGGGGUUCGUGGCGGAGAAGGUGGCGCAGAUCCCCAAACCCGAGGCGUCGCUGGAGCGCGUCGCCUUCAAGAGCGUCAGCCGGCAGGGCAUCGAGCUGCAGAGCCACGCCGACGUCAACAACCCCUACUCGUACCGCAUCCCCAUCUGCGAGGUCACCUACACCUUCAAGAGCGCCGGCAAGGUGAUCGCGUCGGGCACGAUGCCGGACCCCGGGUGGAUCGCGGCGAGCGGCAGCACCAAGCUGGAGCUGCCGGUGAAGGUGCCCUACGACUUCAUCGUCUCGCUGAUGAAGGACCUGGGCGGGGACUGGGACAUCGACUACGUGCUCGAGGUGGGGCUCACCAUCGACCUCCCGGUCGUCGGCACCUUCACCAUCCCGCUCACCACCGAGGGCGAGAUGAAGCUCCCCACCUUCCGGGACCUCUUCUAA